AUGAGGCACUGCGGGCCACUCUUCCUUCUUGGGCUGGUGGUGGUUGCCACUCUUCUCGGGUUGACCCAAGCUUCGACUAAUGUGACUCUCGAAUUCGGCAAAUCGGUCGACCCUGCCGUCCAGACCCGCGUAUCAGCCCUCCUCCGCCCCUUCCUCGCCUCCUCUGGUGGGCGGGUGGUGGGCGGACCUGUGCGCGGGCUGGCGCUGUCGCUCGGGGACACGGCCACGACGCGCGCCCUGAUCCCGGCGGCCGAGCUGGCGGCUCUCGGGUCGGAGGGCUUCGUCGUGCGGGCUCGCCUCAACAACGCCACCGGCGUACUCGUGGUCGCUGCCGACGGCAACCCCAUGCUCUACCCCACCAUCAACCCCAGCGCCAACAUCGGCGCACACUUUGCGGCGUACGAGGUGCUGCAGAGGCUCGGGUUCGGGUUCCUCCACCCGCUGCAGCCGCUCGUGCCCGACCAGCUCGACCUCUCCUUCGCCAACGCCGACGGCGGCCGCUUCGACCUCUCCACGGCGCCGCACUUUGCCAUCCGCGGCGUGCACCACCACACCGAGCACCCGCUCGAGCUCAUGGAAUUCCUCAACGGCUUCGACAUCACCUACCCCGUCACGCUGACGCCGCCGCGGCCGCCGAUGUCGAUGUCGCGUCAUGCUGACGUCACGCCGACGAUGAAGGGCGAGACGUGGGAGUCGAUGGUGGGCGACUGGGAGCGGGCGCUGGAGUGGACCGUGGCCAACCGGCAGAACCGGUGGGAGUGGGUGCUGCUGUGGGCCAAGGACUGGAACGACUUUGCGUGGAGCGAGCUCCGCCGCACGCGCCUCGCCCGCAUUGCCGACAUCGCCCACGCCUGGGGCGUCGUCGUCGGCGCCGAUUGUGGAAUUGCGAUUACGCAGCAGCACGGGUGGCCGCUGAUCGAGAACGUGACGAACGAGGCGGACGAGCAGCGCCAGAUCGAGCGGCACCUGGACUGGCUGCUGCGGCCGGCGAGCGACGGCGGCUGCGGCUACGAUUUCCUGUCGACCGAGAGCGGCUUCUCCGAGUUCAACCACCCGGACUGCACUCAGAUGCUGCGGUGGAUGAACAUGACCACUGCUUACACCACCAAGCUCGGCAAGGAGGCGUUCAUCAAGUGUCAUUGCUCGACGGGCCAGGUGUGCGCCGACUACAAGGACCCGCUGACGGGGCAGCCCAUCAACUUCAAUCUGCUGCCCCACUUUGCCUCACCCGACCUCGGCAUCUACCCGCACACUGUCCAGUACUACAACUGGACGGAGCCGGCGCCGACGUACGGCAAUCAAAAUUUUUCGUACAUGCUCGACUUCCUCAAGUUCGAGGCCGACCGACGUAAGACCAUCUACCACGGCGAGACCGCCUAUUGGGUGAACUACGACAUUGACGUGCCGCUGUUCCUGCCGAUCUACGCCCACGGCCGCCUGUCCGACCUGCGGGCCAUCGCCGCCACCAAGACCCUCGGCCAGAUAAACUUCAACAGCGGCUGGGAGUGGGGCUAUUGGCUGAGCGACGUGGUGACGGCGCGGGCGUCGUGGGACCCGCGCACGGGCGAGCCGUCGGAGGCGCGGGCCAUGGCCGCCAUCCUGCGCGAGCACGUCUUUGGCGCCACCUUCGGCCCGGCGCGCGAGCAGCUCGUGCAGCUGGUGCUCGACACCAUCGACCUCCAGCGCGACCUCCUCCUCUACGGCAAGAUCGACGGCAAGCUGCCCUCCACCGUGGUGAAGCGUAAUGGCCAGGCCUAUCUGGAGGGCUGGGACACGUGGUCCGAGCUGGGCGCCCUCGUCAGCCCGUCCGCCUCCACCCAGCCCAACAAGCUCGGCAUCGUCGAAGUCCGGGACUGGCUUGGCACGAGCCCCCAGUACUGGACCGAGGUGGAGCCGCUGCUCGACGCGAUGGAGGCCAACUUCUCGGCGCUCGCCACGCGCUUCGCCGCCCUGCUCCCGCUCGUGCCCAAGGCCGCCCUGCCCUUCUAUCGCGAGCUUGUCGACAGCGCCAACAUCACCGCCCUCCGCGCCAAGCUGGUGCAUCGGCUGUACAACUUUGCGGCGAGCUACUGGAAGGAGUCCAAGCCGUACCGCGAGCUCCAGAUGGCCGAGGCCAAGGCCGCCCUCGCCAGCGCCGCCGAAGUCGUCGCCGCCCGCGAAGCCCACUACCGGGUGCCGCUGGAGCGGAUCGCCGGGUGGCGCCAGAACCCGACGGUCUACACCUACGGCUACCUGUGGACCGUCCACUCGCUGUUCUACUGGUGGCGCGACCUGGGCAAGAGCCUCGACGACAUGUCGUGGGAGGCCUACUUCUCGCCGUGCUACCUCAACGUGAUCGACCCCAUCAACACGGCGUUCGGGGAGGGCAUCACACUCAACGUCACCCACGAACUCUACCAGGUCUUCGAGCGCUUCAAGUGGCUGCACUUCAUCGGCGACUGCCUGUCGGCGCCAGCCAAGGAGCCCAACUACCCCGCCGACCUCUUCUAA